CAGCCAUUUGCAAACGCUCGCAUGUCACCGAAGGCGCAACAGCUGCGAUUCUGAACUUCCCACUCGAGUUGAAAGUUUUUUGGAAAAUAUCAUAAUACAUCCUCAAAUGUAUUUAAAGUGAAGUUCGGUAUUUCGCAUUCGGCAUUGCUUGUGUGGAGCUUUCUUCUACAUUUUCUGGAUAUUUUUCACAAGUUUUACGGAUUACUUAACAAUGGAUUGGUGCAAGUACAUGAUUUGAGCGAGGUAUUUGUUAGAUUUCAAAGUGCGGCGGCGGGAACUCCACGUUUUGGAUCAAGGACACGACGGGUUAUAUAGUCGCAGAUGUCACCAACCGGACACAUAUCCAAAUCAAAGACGCCCACGCCACACGAUAACGAUAACAAUAGCAUCAGCGACGAGCGGGAAACAUGGAGCGGCAAAGUGGAUUUUUUAUUAUCGGUUAUUGGAUUCGCCGUCGAUUUAGCAAACGUCUGGAGAUUUCCCUAUUUGUGCUACAAAAAUGGCGGUGGCGCUUUUCUUGUGCCCUACGGCAUUAUGUUGGUGGUCGGUGGUAUUCCUCUAUUCUACAUGGAAUUGGCACUGGGUCAGCACAAUCGUAAGGGAGCCAUCACAUGCUGGGGUCGCCUAGUGCCACUUUUCAAGGGAAUUGGCUAUGCAGUGGUGUUGAUAGCCUUCUAUGUGGACUUCUACUAUAAUGUGAUUAUUGCCUGGUCGUUGCGUUUCUUUUUUGCAUCCUUCACCAGCACAUUGCCUUGGACGUCGUGCAAUAAUGUUUGGAAUACCCCAAAUUGUAGACCGUUUGAGAGCCAAAACGCUUCUCGUGUUCCACUGAUAGGCAAUUACAGUGACUUUUAUGUAAUGGGAAAUCAAAGCCUGCUCUUGAACGAGUCUUAUGUGAAUGGUUCGAUAAGUUUGGAGACGCCUUCGGUGGGUCAUGUGGAGGGUUUUCAAUCCGCUGCCUCAGAGUAUUUUAACCGCUAUAUUUUGGAGCUGAACCAGAGCGAGGGCAUCCACGAUCUGGGCGCCAUCAAGUGGGACAUGGCGUUGUGCCUUCUGAUUGUCUACUUAAUCUGCUAUUUCUCGCUGUGGAAGGGCAUUAGCACUUCGGGCAAGGUUGUGUGGUUUACGGCUCUAUUUCCCUAUGCGGUGCUACUAAUCCUGCUGAUCAGGGGUCUCACACUGCCUGGAUCCUUUCUGGGCAUUCAGUAUUAUCUCACGCCCAACUUCAGUGCCAUCUAUAAGGCCGAGGUUUGGGUGGAUGCGGCCACCCAGGUGUUUUUCUCCUUGGGUCCAGGAUUUGGAGUGCUGCUGGCCUAUGCAUCCUACAAUAAAUACCACAAUAAUGUGUACAAAGAUGCUCUGCUGACCAGCUUUAUCAAUUCGGCUACCAGCUUUAUAGCCGGAUUUGUGAUAUUCUCCGUGCUGGGCUAUAUGGCUCACACCUUGGGCGUAAGAAUCGAGGAUGUGGCCACUGAGGGACCUGGCCUGGUUUUCGUGGUAUAUCCAGCUGCCAUCGCCACCAUGCCGGCCAGUACUUUCUGGGCUCUCAUAUUCUUUAUGAUGCUGCUUACCUUGGGUCUAGAUAGUUCGUUUGGUGGCUCUGAGGCCAUUAUCACCGCCUUGAGCGACGAGUUCCCCAAGAUCAAAAGGAACCGGGAGGUUUUUGUUGCUGGCUUGUUUUCCCUGUACUUUGUGGUUGGACUGGCCAGUUGCACCCAAGGUGGCUUCUACUUUUUCCACUUGCUCGAUCGCUAUGCCGCUGGCUACUCGAUUCUGGUAGCCGUAUUCUUCGAGGCGAUUGCCGUGUCCUGGAUCUACGGAACCAAUCGAUUCAGUGAGGACAUCAGGGAUAUGAUUGGCUUUCCCCCGGGGAGGUACUGGCAGGUUUGCUGGCGAUUUGUGGCACCAAUUUUCCUGCUCUUCAUCACUGUAUACGGCCUGAUUGGCUAUGAACCUUUGACCUAUGCGGACUACGUGUAUCCCAGUUGGGCCAAUGCGCUGGGAUGGUGUAUAGCUGGAUCCUCGGUGGUGAUGAUACCGGCGGUGGCAAUUUUCAAACUUCUGACAACGCCGGGAAGCUUGCGUCAAAGGCUAACCAUUUUAACCACACCCUGGCGGGAUCAGCAAUCGAUGGCAAUGGUGCUGAACGGGGUCACCACCGAGGUCACCGUGGUGCGGCUAACCGACACGGAAACCGCCAAGGAACCCGUCGAUGUCUGAGUUCGGCCAAUGGCUCGUUUUCAAAUUUACUACGUUUAGAUUUGGAAAUUUACCAACAACUCACGUUCACAUACGUACUUGAGUCGCAUUGCAUGAAAGUUUGUGUUUUUGGUUCGACAUUAGGAGCAGGUCCUGGAGGACCGGCAAAUUUCGCAAACAACGUACUUAGGUUUCGGCACCGAAGGAGAAACAAACCACAAGCAAGAUCAGCUUCAAACCAUAAGAACUAAGUUAAGACUAGGUUGUAGUGCGUAUGGUUAAUGCCAGUUAUAGCAUACACGUAAAUACAAUGCUGUGUAGAUAAUACCAAGUUAAAAAGACAGCAUCACUCGUCGGUUAAUCCACCUGAAAAUCCUUGGGAGAAUGUUUGCAUAUGCCAAUGGAAUUAACGACACGAUCGUGGCUCAAAUUGGGCAUAGAAUCUGUACAUACACACAAUGAUGAUGUAAAAGCUUUAAACACGUUAUAGGAUAUCUCAUGGAACUGAAGCAAAAGCUGCCACAGUUGAUCAA